AUGGCAGUUCAGGCACCGCAGUUGUAUUGUUCUGAAAACUUGGGCUUACCCACAACCAUGACCACCAUGUCUACUGGCCUUCAACAAGAUUGGUCGAUGCAGCUCAACCCUGUUUCUGGCCUUGACGACAUUUUUUCCAGCUUUCCGAGCCCUCAGCCUCUUCAUGAUCAUUUUCAUCUUCGUCAAGCCCCUCAAAGUCAGAAUACAAUAAACCUUGAUUGUUGUAACCAAUUAGGAGUUUCAGUUUCCCCUUCCACUUUUAAUUGCUUUCUACCAGCACCGCUUUCUGAAGCUUUGGGUGCUCAGCUUGACUUACAAAGGCACGAGCUUGACUGCAUCCUUCAAUUGCAGAAUGAGAAGCUAAGGUUUGCUUUGCAAGAGCAGAGGAAGCAACAACUGGCAGCCCUCUUGAGGAACUUAGAAUAUAGAACCUUGAGUUUGAUUAGGCAAAAAGAAGAGCACUUAGCACAAGCGACAAAGAGAGCCAUAGAGCUCCAAGAUUGCUUGAGGAAAGCAGAGAUGGAAAGCGAGACAUGGCAGAGGAUGGCCAAAGCAAACGAGACCAUGGUCAUAGACCUCAACAACACGCUUGAACAGGUCAGAGAGAGACUGGUUUUUGUCAGUAACGAAGCUGAAGACGCAGAGUCCUGCUGUGGCUCGUGUGACAGAGGAGGACACAGAGACAACGACAGGGUAGUAAUUCUGCAAGAAAAUCGAGUGGUUGAAGAAAAAGGGAAAAAGUUGGCUUGCAAAAACUGUAACACUAGGAGGUCGUGCGUUCUUUUUCUACCUUGCAGACACCUCUGUUCGUGUAAGUCCUGUGAACCCUUUCUUGGUUCUUGCCCGGUUUGUGAAUCUACCAAGGAGGCAAGCAUGGAGGUCUUUUUGGUCUAA